UUUGACCCCGUGUCUCAGCCUUCUCUUGAAUAGCCUUGAGAACAACAAGGAAGCAGCAGAAGGCGUUAGUCUUUAUUUGUCCCGAACCACCAGUGUGUGACUAUUAUGAUGUUGGUUCCAAUGUAGGCCUGAGUGACACGGUUAACCAGCUGCUGACAGACCAAACUACAGUGUUUAAAGGAGGCAGAAUGGCAGACGAAGCUCCUUUCCAGUUUUUACAUAACGAAGUGAUGCAGUACAUUUACAAGUCAGCUGAAAACGGAGAGACGGAGAAUGGAAGAAACAUCGCCAAACUGGAGAAUAUGGGAUUCAGAGUCGGCCAAGGGCUAAUAGAGAGACUAACAAAAGACACAGCACGCUUCAAAGAUGAGCUGGACAUUAUGAAGUUCAUCUGUAAAGACUUCUGGACUUGUGUUUUCAAGAAGCAAAUCGACAAUCUUCGAACCAAUCACCAGGGCAUCUAUGUCCUCCAGGACAACAAGUUCCGAUUACUGAGUCAGCUGUCAGCUGGUAAACAGUACCUGGAACAUGCCCCAAAGUAUCUGGCCUUCACCUGUGGUCUGGUGAGAGGAGCUCUGUCCAACCUGGGAGUGAAGAGUAUUGUGACUGCUGAAGUGUCCGUCAUGCCAGCAUGUAAAUUCCAGGUCAUGAUCCAGAAAAUAUAGCGUCCAACUGAGGCCACUCUGCACUCCCUUCCUCCCUGCCUUCAUAUAUCUUUAAGUUUUUGUCAUUGAAGGGAAACGCUGCCCAGUGAAAUAUAGUUCUUUGUACACUUUGGAUCACAAUUACAGAUGCUGUUACGAAAGUUUGUCCCGACUUCCAACAUCCAGAGUCUUGUUUAAUGAUAACAGUUAUUUGAGGAAGAGUGAUUCCUGUUGACGCUGCCAUUAAUCAUAAGUGGACAAACACUUUCCACUGCCAAGACACUUUCUGAGUAUAUAGUUAUGUCUCUCUCACAUUUACCUGUGAUAACAGUGCUCCCCAUAGAGUAAAGACACUCAUUGUAGCACUAGUAAUGAUCUGCAGUACCAUUGUAGCAUUAAAAUGUCCAAACUGUAUGUACACACAUGUAUUAUAGAUGGAUUUUGUUGUUAUUAAGGUUGAAUCUGUUGCAAAAAUUAUGGAGCUAUAUUUGUGUCUUUAUUACAUGCGAGAAAAUAAAUGAUAUGAGAGGGGAAAAAUGUUUGAGAGAAAAAAAAUAUUUGAGAGAAAAAGUUUUCACACUGAUAGCAAAAACUAAUAAUAUUUGAGACUAAAAAAAUUUUGAGAGAAAGUAGGCUAUUUUGUCAUAGAAUAUAAAAAAAUAAUCUGAGAUUUAAAAAAUGAUUUCCAAGAAAAAAACUCUCAAAAAACUCUUUUUUACUCUCAAAUAUUAUUUUUUUUUUUGCUAUCAGUGUGAAAACAUUUUCUCUCUCUCUCAAAAAAAAAAUUGUUUCUCUCAAAACAACUUUUCUUUUUCUCUCUCUCUUUGCUCUGGU